AUGGAGUGGAUUGAUUUACUGCAAGAUCGUCAGCACGAUGACGAGCAAGAUGGUGGGCGAUACCAUCAGCAAGAUGUCAAGCAAGAUCACCAGCAAGAUGUCGAGCAAGAUGAUGAGCAAGAUCGUCAGCAAGAUGACGAGCAAGAUGGUGGGCGAUACCAUCAGCAAGAUGUCAAGCAAGAUGACGAGCAAGAUCGUCAGCAAAAUGGUGGGCGAUACCAUCAGCAAGAUGUCAAGCAAGAUCACCAGCCAGAUGUCAAGCAAGAUAACGAGCAAGAUCGUCAGCAAGAUGUCGAGCAGGAUGACAAGCAAGAUCGUCAGCAAGAUGGUGGGCGAUACCAUCAGCAAGAUAUCAAGCAAGAUCACCAGCAAGAUGUCGAGCAAGAUGACAAGCAAGAUGGCGGGCGAUACCAUCAGCAAGAUGUCAAGCAAGAUCACCAGCAAGAUGACGAGCAAGAUGGUGGGCGAUACCAUCAGCAAGAUCACCAGCAAGAUGACAAGCAAGAUGACGAGCAAGAUGGUGGGCAAUACCAUCAGCAAGAUGUCAAGCAAGAUCACCAGCAAGAUGUCGCGCAAGAUGACGAGCAAGAUGGUGGGCGAUACCAUCAGCAAGAUGUCCAGCAAGAUCACCAGCAAGAUGACGAGCAAGAUGGUGGGCGAUACCAUCAGCAAGAUCACGAGCAAGAUGACGAGCAAGAUGGUGGGCGAUACCAUCAGCAAGAUCACCAGCAAGAUGACGAGCAAGAUCGUCAGCAAGAUGUCGAGCAAGAUGACGAGCAAGAUGUCGAGCAAGAUGACAAGCAAGAUGGCGGGCGAUACCAUCAGCAAGAUGUCAAGCAAGAUAACGAGCAAGAUCGUCAGCAAGAUGUCGAGCAAGAUGACGAGCAAGAUCGUCAGCAAGAUGACGAGCAAGAUGACGAGCAAGAUGGUGGGCGAUACCAUCAGCAAGAUCACCAGCAAGAUGUCGAGCAAGAUGACAAGCAAGAUCGUCAGCAAGAUGGUGGGCGAUACCAUCAGCAAGAUGUCAAGCAAGAUCACCAGCAAGAUGUCGAGCAAGAUGACAAGCAAGAUGGCGGGCGAUACCAUCAGCAAGAUGUCAAUCGAGAUCAUCAGCAAGAUGUCGAGCAAGAUGACGAGCAAGAUCGUCAGCAAAAUUGUGAACAUGACCGUUAG